AUGGAUUUGAGUGAACGCGAAAGUGAUGUUGAGGAAGAAGAUUUGGAGUGCAAAGUGAGUUAAAAUUACAUUUUCAGGUUUUUUAAGCUUGAAAUAUUGUGUUCUAAUGUUAUUCAUAUGAUAGAAUGGUCUAAGACGAACAAAAUGAUAUAAAUUUUGAUGAUUUUACGUUAACCAUAAGUGAUUUAGGGAGGUUUAAUCGAUAAGGUCGCUAAAUCACUUAUGAUUAACGUAAAGUCAUCAAAAUUUAUAUCAUUCUGUUCGUCUUAGACCAUUCUAUCAUAUGAAUAAGAUUAGAACGCAAUAUUUCAACUCACUUGCUUAAAAAACCUGAAAAUGUCAUUUAUAGUUGAAAUAAUUGAAUAAAAUCCAAUUGAACUUUCAGAAAGUCUCAAAACGAAUUGCUGGAGUUACACUGGAAUCCGAUUCAUUCCCUGAAUCCGGCUCAACUGUUGCUGAAGAACGUUUAGUUCGAAGGAAGAAACGAAUGAAGAGAUUUGCCAAAGGACAAUUAAUGGAUGUUGAUCCCUCACCAAAACAAAAUAAAAAUGAAAGGUAUAUGGAUUGUGAUGGUGCAGAAUCGCACAUCUCCUCAUCUAGCGAUGAAUCAUUGUCUGGAGAUAAUCGAGGCGGUGAAGCUGAUGAUGAGCAAAGUGAUUGGGUUGGUGAUACAACACCAACGGGGGAACAAAAUCCUGAAGUGAGAAGUUCUUUUUGAAAAAAUUGUAGAUUUUGAAUAUCAGCGUGUAUUUUUCAGUUAUUCCAACCACCAUUCGAUCGAAAAUUGCUUAUCAGAAAGUCUCAAACAUCCCACCACGUUUCCGGAAUCCAAAAGAAAAUCGAGAAAUUCGCGCGGGAAGGUGGACGCGGUGAACUUCUUCUCGAUCUUCGUCUUCGCGAUAGAGCCACCACUACUUUGCUCCAUCGAUACAUGUUCAAGUAUAAUCUGGAGAUUGUGCGACGUCAUCGAGGAAGUGUGACGUUGAAGAAGCGUAGUGAAAAUGCGCCGUCAACUUCGACAGCUCGCUGA